AUGGCCAUCGUGACAGCACUCCUCGCUCCAAUCCAUCUCUUCUCCUUCUCCGCCCUUCUCGGCUCCCAACUCUACCAAACCUUUAUCGUCACAAAAGUCACCUUUCAACGUCUCCCACGAGCACCUUUCAUCAAUCUACAGAAAUAUAUUUUCCCUAUUUACUUCCAAAGCCAAGCACUGCUACUCUUUCUCUCCGCUGCGACACUGCCACCGUACGGUCCUUUGUCACUGAUUCAACACAAAAGUGACUGGAUACCAUUUUUAGUAUCGACUAUUGUGUCGGGGUUGAAUCUUGUUGUUUUUGGGCCGAGGACGAGAAAGUUGAUGCUGCAUCGUGUUGAACAAGGAAUUGCGAAUGCAAAGACGGCAAGCCCGGAGGAUUCAAGUCCUGUGAUGCAGAUUCUGAAGAAGAGGUUUGGGACGGCACAUGCUAUGUCCAUCCAUCUAAACUUGAUUAGCCUUGGGGCUCAUCUUUGGUAUACUUGGAGGUUAGCAUCUCGCCUUGACACUUCGUUGUAG